AUGGCCUUCCGACCGCCUACGCCAGCCUCCCGGGACUGGCAUCAGUCUUUGCACUUCCUCAGCCUCAAGCUCAUCUCUUUCAACAUGGAUUACUUCUGGGCCCUGAAGGAGCUGGAGCAAGCGGAGCAAGCUCAGGAUCUUGAGGCCCAGUGCCAAGGCGACGUGCUUUCAGAGCUGAAGAAGAGGGAGAAGUCUCGGCCUUUGCACGAAUACAGCAUCUUGAACCUGAUGACGUACUUCCUAUAUUCACCCCUUUGGCUGGCUGGGCCAAUGACCACCUUCAAUUCUUUCAUGUCGCAUCUUCACGACAGGCCGCAACAGGCGAUGAGUGCCUGGCAGUUGCUGCUGUAUGCUCUUCGACUCGCCCUUUGCCUGGGCCUGCUGGAAGUGUUGUUGUGCUGUACGCCUGUUUGGGCCAUCGGCCGCUCCUCCACAUACCUGCAGCUGCAUCAGCGUGCUGAUCUCCUUGUGGCCUAUGCCAUGCUGCUGCUGAUUGUCAUGUGGCUGAAGUUUCUGUGCAUCUGGCGCUUUGCACGUCUCUGGGCCCUUUGCGACGGCGUCGACGUCCCGGAGAAUAUGCGGAGAUGUGUCUGCAACAACUACUCUCUGUCGGGCUUUUGGCGUGGAUGGCAUUCCAGUUUCAACCUCUGGCUUGUUCGCUACUUGUACAUUCCGCUGGGCGGUCGCAGGUGGCUUUGGGCCAAUGUCUGGGUUGUCUUUGGCUUCGUUGCCCUGUGGCAUGAUCUGGAAGUGAAGCUCUUCGCCUGGGGCUUCCUCAACGCGGCCUUCAUGGUCCUCGAGCACUUGGCUUCGACGGCCUGGCGAAGCAAGGCAGCUGCCUUGCCAGCAGAAGCUUCGAGGUGGCUCAGAGCGGCUGCAGGAGCACUCUACGUCUACGUGCUCUUCUUUGUGAAUCUGAUCGGCUAUGCCUUGGGCGUCACUGGAACUCUUGGGCUUCUGCAUCUUGCCUUUGGCGAUGCCCCGUCCACUGCACUGCCUAUCUUGAUGUGCACGGGCUUGCUGGCGCUCUCGAUGGUGCAGGUGAUGCUGGAGCUACGGGAGUCCGGCUUCAGCAGAGACGGAGUCGGCAAGGUGACGUGA